AUGGUUCCAUAUAGUCUGUGCAAUAGAGAUGAUGGAAGGAGGAGGCGUUUGCUUGGGGGGCAUACCAGGCUCCCAUUUGGAGCCAGAGCCCUCCUCCCAAACCUGGAAGACACGGGCAUAGAUACGCCAGAGGGUGGAAAUGGCAGUCUUGCGGCAGCCUUCGUACGAGUGGCCAGUAAAGGGGAGGACCUUCUCGAUAGUCUUUUCAACAACAGUCUCCAGGUCGUUGGUACCACACGAGUGAGAAAUAAUGUCGCCAAGAACGUCGAGAGCAAUCUCCUGCUCAAGGGCCACGGCGGUGACAGCACCGAGACCCUCAAGAUCUUCGAGAUCAUCCCAGUCAUCAUCACCCUCGGCCAUUUCAUCUUCCUGGUCAUCAGAGGAGGCCUUCACCUUGAUCUGCUUGCCGCCGACCACGAUGGAACCAUCAACCAGUCCGCUGGUAUCCAGACCAGAAAGAUCGAUCUCUUCCUCCUCAAGCUCAAGAGAGUUGAACAAACCCUCAAGAGCUCCCUUGAGGAAGUGGUUGAAGUCCUCCUUGUAGACCUUGGCAAGAUUGGACCAAAGAAUGAAGCUGGUCUCCUUGAGACGAGGGUUGUCAAUGCCCAGGGCCUCUUCGCUUGCUUCCAUCAACUUCAUGACAUAUGGCUGGAAGGCUUCGGGACCAACGGCCAAAGCGAUGCGGCCCAUGCUGUCGCAGGUGGAGCUUCGCAGCUCCAGAGCUUCGUCAUUCUCCUUGGCAACAACGAACUUUCCAAGAGCUUCCAUGACAUCGUUGAAGAGCCUGACCAUAGGACCCACCAGAUUGGGCCCGUACUGAGCCAUAAUCUUGGUAUCAACACCAUCACCGAGUGUGUCAAGGGCAGUGCAGGCAGAGCGGAUAAUGUUGAUGUUCAUCUUGUCGGAAGGACCUUCGGAAGCAGCCUGCAAGUUCUUCAGGACAGCAUUGAUAAGUUCCUCGUGGUGGGACACCAUUUCAUCCACCAUCUCUUCGGAGAGGUGAAUCAGCCCAAUCAGAGAAGCAUAUCUGACCUGAGUUUCGGCGUCGCUCAAAAGGCUAACAAUGAGAGGGAGGAGGGGCUUCAGCUGAGUGGAGAUGAAGUCAGGCGCACCCUCGGCAGCGUUACCAAGAGCAAGCAUGGCGGCCAUACGGAAUUGAGGCUUCUGAAGGGGAACAAUGACUUGGCGGGGAGGAAGCUCGUUGGCAAGAGUGUCGACAAGUCUGAUGGCGCUGCGGGCAGGACCCAUAUCCUUCAUGGCCUGGAUCUUCAUACGGCGGUAGCCAACCGACAUGACGAGGAAGUUGAUGGCCUGAGUACGCGCCUCCUCAUCAACCUCGGUGUUGGCGGCAAUCUCCAGAACCAAGUCGAGAAGAUCCUUGAGGUGCUGACCCAACAGGUUGGGGUCGUGGGCAACGAAGGUCUCGAAUACCUCGAAGACGGUGUUGUAACCUUCGCUGUCCUCAUCCUGAAUGGUGGCCUUGAGGAUGUUGACCAAACCAGGCAAAAAGCCCUGGAGAAGCUGUGUUGCCUGAGGGUCCUCCUCUGGCUCGACGAGAGGGGCGAUGACACCAAUGGCGCGAACAAUGUUGACACGAACGUCCUUGCUCUCGGGGUCCUCCAGACGGGAGCCGCACAGCUUAAGCAGAUCGUGGAUGUGGUCGAGGAAGUGCAUUGGGUUGUUCUCAAGCAUGGCAGUAAGAAGCUGCUUCAAAAACUCCUCGCCCUCCUUGUUCUUGAUGUCCACUCCAACAAUACCAGCAAUCAGGCGGCACGCAGAGUGGCGCAGGUUGUUUGCGGUCUCCUUCAAAAGACCAUCGAGGAGGUGCGUGCGAGCAAGCUGGCGCUGGUCCUGAGCGGUUUUCUCGCCCCAAUACUUGGGGACGAGGCGGAGGGCCUGCACGUAAGCGAGCUGACGGACAUCCUGAGCUUCGUUGGUGAGAGCGAUCUCGAUCAAAAGGAGAAGCGACUCGGGCUUGGAGUAGAAGUCCUUCUGGAGUUCGGCAGUGGCGGCCUUGACCUGUUCGGUGUUUGCUGCGAAGCCUCAAAGUUAGUAGCUGACCCAAACAUUCUGGUCACUGGAGGUGGUGACGCUUUGAUGAAGAUGAUUUGGAAGACAGCACUUACGCACUUGACUGCCCUUGAGCAGCUGGACGAGCUUGGCCUUGUCCAUCCUGUCGAGAUUGCACGGUGA